GCCUUACUAACGAGAACACCGCACAUGCAUGUCCGUCAUGCAGCGCACUCGAGGAUAUACCUGAAGACAUCACUAAGGGUUCGGCAUCAUUUGCCAUGGCUAAACAUACCAUCACACCCUGGCGAAUGAACGCGGACCUACUCCAAGUGCGGACACAACUCUUUUCCCUCUCUACCGAAGACAAUCAAGCACGACGCCAUGCCGUGAACCGCGUGAUGGCAUGGAAACUGCGCGGAAAUCUCCCUCACGCCGUGGAAUCCACUGCCUUGCUAAUCGACGCCAUCCUCCAUCAUGAUUCGAACAUCAACUCCUCGUUCAGCAUCCGCGCCGUAUACAGCGCCGCCUUCUCUCGCUUCGUUACCGGCUUCUGCGAUAUUGGUCGCCACAAGGAGCGAACGCUGGAGCCGAUCAGCAUGCUGGAGAUUGCGAGGCAGAUUGACAUGCCUGCCGACUUUGUGGCAUUAAGACAUGAGGCGACUCACGAGGAACUUCCUGGCCUGAAACGCCUCACACAUGCGACACAGCAAGCACUGGACUGGCUGUGGCGGGUGUACUGGAGUCGGUUGGAUGAGACUGCAGGGGAGGAAGCUGUCGCAAUGCCAUCAGACGUCCUCAGAUCCGAACUCUCGUCAGUGCUGCGCGCCUUUCGAAGGGAGUUGCGCAACCUCCUCCGUGCGCCGAAGUCGUCAACUCACCACGACACAGCGCUCGAGGUACAGCGGACAUGUGCGAAACUGGAGGAAUUGGGUCAUGGUGCACCGCAGCUGAGCACUUUGUUGAUCUCUACAAUGCUGGGAGAGCGACUCAUUCUGCCGGCAGACAUGGAACUCGGCUCAUCGCUGCGUGGCGCAUUCCUUCUGUGGGACGAUUUGAUUCUCGAGCUCUCCAGACGCUUUGGUGACUUUGUGCGGGAUCUCGGUAUGGCGAUGCUCGAUGAACUAGCGAGGUCAUCAGGCGUGAGACCUGACACAGCCGCUACAAAAGAGGGAUUCGCAGAUUGGCUGAUUCACCUCUUAUCGAUACACAUCAAGGAUGUGAACGGCCAGGUGGACUUUGCAGCGGAGUUGAUGAAGGGAUGUUGCUUAUACCCCGGCUACUGGACACGCAAGGUUGCAGCAAGAGUGUUGGAGCGUGGCAACGAGAGCUUUAAGGAGGAGUGGCGUGAUUUAUUAGAGGCUAGCAUGGAGGGGAGUGAGUCUGAUAGCCUGGCAGGGGCUGAAAAGCGAGGCGCAGAUGGAGAGGCUCUGGCGCUGCAUUCGCACAUACAAGAAAGCGCGCAUGGCCGGGCGGAGAGCUGGAGUAGGACAAUAUUGCCUCCAAUUGCACCAAUGGGUGUUGUUUAAGGUCUUCUAUCUCGUUCUCUCCUUGAAUACUGCAUACUGCAUCCUACGCCAAAUGACGUGUUAGCUCAAUGCUUUCCGGCAAGAGCAAAAAGAAUUCGAAUGGUGCAGCCAGGAUUCGAACCCUCGCCCUCAGGGGCAAAAGAGUUCGGCCUCAUUGGACCUAAUCUCUCGAUUUCAACCACAUUGGGCCUACUCUCUCCU